CACUCUAGGACUGCAUACCCUGGACGCUGCCCUGGUGCCGCCCCAACGCCGCGCCGUCCCCUCCCCCCUCCCCGCCGCCCCCGUCCCACACCCUCGCGCGCGCGGCCGUAAACGCGAGGGCGCCCGUGGCCGCCGCCGCCGCCCGGAUUGUCGGAGCGGGGAGGGCGGGAAUCUAGGGUUGCCCCCCCGAUGGACGGCGGGGAGAGGACGUUCAAGGCCAACUUCAGCGCCGAGGGGGUGGCGCUGCUGCGGCAGCGCGUGAGGGCCAAGCUCCAUGAGCUCAUGGGAGAUUACACCGACGACACCCUCGUGGAGUAUGUCGUGGUGUUGCUCAGAAAUGGAAGACGGAAGGAUGAGGCUGCAAAGGAGCUGCAGGUUUUCUUAGGCGAUGACAACAAUGCAUUCGUAUCCUGGUUGUGGGAUCACCUCUCCUCAAAUUUGCACCUUUAUGUGCAACCCAAAGCUGUCUCUGCUAAUGAUGAAGCUAAAAACACUCGCAGUACUGCUAGAGGAUUGCCUCUACAUAAUUCAUCUAGCAAUGCACAGACUAGUCGUGUACCUGAAGCUGAAACUCAGAAAACAACAAAAGUCCAACCGAAGAGGGAGUGGGGAGGAAUUGUUCGAGAACAAUCAGACGUUGUUCCCCUUCGAAGUGUUGUAGCUCCUGUUUCGCAAGCAGAGGAAGAAACUAAUCAUACACAGGCUGUAAGACGAACCCGCUCACCGGACAUGUAUAACCAUAGAAAGAGAGGCAGAGAGGAGGACACACGGCCAGCGAAGACAUCCCAUGAAGUCAUUGGUGCACCACGCCGGCUUCUUCAGUUUGCUGUUCGUGAUGCUGUCAGACCUGUGCAGCCACCGACCCCGAGGUCGGAGUCAUCUUCCAAGCGACUUCGUUCUGUGGUGUCUACCGUAGAAUCAGAUUCAGCAGCUAAUGGUAGGUUGCAGAAAAUGAAGUCUGAUGUGAGAGUACCAGGUGCCACGGCAGCAUUUAGAGCCGCAGCUGAGGCUGCUGAAGAUGUUCUCAAGGACAGAUACUCCUCGGAAAGUGUCUUUGACAGGUUGGGUAGAAGGCCUCUGUUGACUACCACUGAAGAACCAUUCGAUUUCAGAGAAAAAGAUCCAGAAGAUGGAGAAUACAAGCACAUAGAUAAUGUCCGAGCAGAAAAUCAAGUAGAAUUUCAUGAAAGAAAUCAGUAUGUUGCCAGGGAUGCUUGUAUGUAUGACAGCGGGACAGAGAAGGCUGCUGAUUCUGCAUUCGAUAUUGAUCGGUAUGAUGAGACCGGUGCAGUUAGAUAUAAUGGUGUGAAUCCUUACCAGAAUAAAUUGUCUUCUAGUGGAGGCAAAGAGUCAUCAGUAAAGCGGUACAAUAAGGCAGAGGGAGCUGCCGGGGUGAGAAGCAGAAGGUCGAUACCCCAAGACACACAUGCUAGCUCAGGACCAAGACCAUCUGAAAAGAUCUUAAAUAUAUCUGCUAACAAUAAUACGCGGAAUCCUCCCUAUCAUGAAACUGCAAGAAAUGCUGGCACAUUUGAGCAUCAGGUGCCCAUUGGGAAGAAAGAUGUUGGCUCAAUAAAAUCAAAUGUGACAGUUGCACAUGCUAAAGUUACACACAUGACCGAUAAAUCCAAAGACUUGGUGCACUCAAGUUCAUUGUUGGUGGCAACGAAGGCUUCAUCAGUUGCUGGUGGAUCUACAGGCCAACCUGAAAGUGCCCCUGAUUCUAGAACUGUCUUUGUUAGCAAUGUACAUUUUGGCGCAACAAAAGAUGGUCUUUCUUGUCAUUUUAACAAGUUUGGGGCUGUGCUAAAAACUCUUAUUGUAUCUGAUGGUGCCACUGGUCAGCCAACAGGCUCAGCGUACAUCGAAUUCUUGGAAAAAGAAUCAGCAGAGAAGGCACUAACGCUGAAUGGAACAUCUUUUAUGUCACGCAUUUUGAAGGUUGUUCGAAAAAGCUCUGUUGAAGUGCCUCAGCAGCCUGGCUGGUCACGUGGUGUUCGUGCAUCACCAUUUGCUUCCAGGCUCAUUAGAACCGCAUACCCAAGGCCGGCAUUCCCUGGGGCUAUGCGUGGACGUUUAGCUAUCAGAGGUAAUGCUCGGAGUUUUCAAUGGAAGCGUGGCGCUGCUGAUUCCGUAGAUGCCGGAAAACCAAGUCAAGCUACACCUGUAACACCUGGGAGUCAGAUGGUAACUCCGGUAACACGAAGCUUCACCUACACACGCACCGAGCCAAAACAGGAUGUUGGUGCGACUGCAAACGUUUGAUUAGCUCAGCCACAGCAUGCCUGUUGGUUCUGAUGAAACUCAGAGAUAGCUCAAAAUUCCUGGCCAUUUCAUAGUUUAGCCUCCUUUGGUAAAUACUAUUUAGUUGCAGAGCUUAGUGAGUGGCUGGUUUUAUGGAACUGAAUAUUUGAGCCAUAUUCUGUGAGUGAUUUUGUGUGCUCCCCCAUCGGAGAGGCAUUCAUGCUGUGCUGGUUAUGUUGAGUUUGUGGGAGUGGAGAAAUGUCAAAAAAUGAGGCUGUAGAAUGUUAGGCACAUAUGAACAUUAUUUAUUAUUGAUAGAUUAUGCCAGCUUCCAUGGAAUUCCUGUUAAAA